CCGACUAAUGGAAUGGGAGAUUAAUGAAAAUAUCAUUCCCCGUUGUGUUCUGUCCUGCUCUGGUUACGAAUUUACUUUACCGCUUUGACGGUGGAAAUGCCCCAGUCAUUCGCUAUUAAGUGUCGUUAGUCUGUGAUUUAUUGCUCGACAAAUCGCCAAAUGAGGAGAAACAUUGAAAUAGUUAACCGUAGUUGGCCAUUACAAAAGGAAAAUGCCGCGACACGUCAUUUUUUUUUUUUCUCGUAAUUGACUGGUUAGACGGAACAAUUCCGGAUGACUGAACUUGGAGACACAACUGGUGUCCUAUUCCAUACAAAUUAUGUAACUCAAGUUCAGCUACCGAUUAAGAAAGUGACGAGGAAUAUUUAAUUAGUUGAUUUUUUCAAACUCUCCUCUCGCUCUCUCACAUUAGAAGUGGAAUGCGCGCCAAAUCUACGUGAAAUGUUUGACAGACAAAUGUAUCUUUACACUGAGAUUGAGAUGUGAGAGAGAAGGGUAGAGAGGCGUCGAAAUAAAUCAUCUGGUCACGUUGAGUUGAUGUUGGUUGGUGCGGAGGGGAGACGAAGAGUUUCGAAGUCGAACGAAUACGCGAUGGGGUGCCAUAAUUUUAGGGGACACUGGAAAAUUUUGUGAUAAAAUUUGAAUCAACUUUUUGAUCAGAGAGUUUAUAGAUAAUCCGUAAUUAUGAUCCAAUCGCGUUUGAGUCAUCAAGGGAAACCUAGCGUUGAUCAAUCAUCAAUCUCGGAUGACGAGCAAACUAAAAUGCUGAAGAGAGCAUUCUCCAUGUUCGACUCUGCGAAAAAUGGAAGAAUUGAAAAGGAGAAAGUGAAGACUAUUCUCAAUACUCUUGGCCACACAUUCGACGACCAGGAGCUCGAGGUGCUACUCCAGAAGGAAGACGAAGACGGAAGUGGAGUCGUCAAUUUCGACGCGUUUUGCCGAGUGGCCUGUCACUUCCAGGAGGAGGACGAUGAGGCACUCCAGAAGGAACUGAAAGAAGCCUUCAGGUUAUACGAUAAAGAGGGAAAUGGGUACAUUCCCACGAGUUCACUGAGGGAGAUUCUCGCGGCCCUUGAUGACCAGAUAACACCCGAUCAAAUGGACGGCAUGAUCGCGGAAAUCGAUACCGACGGCUCCGGAACAGUUGAUUUCGACGAGUUCAUGGAGAUGAUGACCGGUGACUGAACGUGAUGACACUUUUGAAAAAAUUCUACAUUUACCAAAUAAGGAGACAAUUACUGAACCAUCAAAUGUACACAUUACAAUAAAUUAAAUUAAAUAUAAAA